CCACAUACGAUCUUCGAGAGCCCACCCAUUCCCGUUGGUGAGACCAAGAGGACCUCCUACUCCUCCUCCACUCCAGCGUACUCAAGCAACCAUGGCGUCUGCCUUGUCUAGCUUUGUUGUGCUGGCUUUAGUUGUCGUUUUUACCCCCUGUAUAUUUGCACUUUUUGAUGAUGACUGUGAGAGUUACACGGACAUAUCUGGAGUAUACCACAGUCGGCAGCUGUGCGGUUUUCAAUUCUGCUGUGGCACCUGCUUUAACAGAUACUGCUGUCAGGAUAACAUUUGGAGGCUGUCAGAAAAAAGACAAGAUGACUGUACAUUUAUUCAUAGUGGUGGGAGUGUAGUCCCAAUGGUACUGGGGAUUGGAGCCUUCGUCUUCAUUUCUCUGAUCUUCAUCCUCUGCUGCGUCUGCCCCUGCUGCUGUCUGUACAAGGCCUGUCGCAGACCACGGCCUGUGGUUGCCACCACCACUCACACCACAGUCAUCAGCUCCACCCCGCAGAGCUACCCCCAGCAGCCCGCAGCGACCCCACAGCCCUAUCAAGCGGCCCAGUAUGCACCCUACCAGCCUAUACCCGUCCAGCCCGGGUAUGGGGCACAGCCGAUGCCCUACCAGGGAGCUCCCUACGUCCCUGGACCUCCGCCUACCUAUCAGGAAGCAACUGGUCCUUCUUACCCAGCUGCCCCAAUGCCCUACAGCCAGGCAGCCUUCACCCCAGGGCAGCCGCCGUACCCUCUCCAACCCCCCGGCCCCUCUCCGUCCCACCCACCGCAACCUCAACCCAAUGCUCCACAAAUGGACUUCUUAUCCCAGCCAGCCUACAACCCUGACUAUGUAGGCAACAAAAUGUGAAUGAAGACAAAGAACCGCUCAUCGCUACAAUGCAAGAUCUGGGAACACAGUUAAACUAGUUAUAUUUUGUGAUGUUUGAAGCUCAACAACCUCUGCCACCUUGAAGUUUGCUCUGGUAAAUUGUCUGUUUUUAUUUUUCCCAUUGCCUUUUUAAAAAUGCAAAUAUAAACAGUUUACAAGCACAACAUAGGCUAACCGGCUAUGUGCAAAGUAAUGGCCAUGAAUCACUUAUAUCUAGUCCUAAAAACAGAACAAAAUAUUAAAUAUAACUAAAUAUCUUUAUAACAAAAAAAAAGUGUGUUGGUUGAUUAGCCUCCAGCAAGCUUAGAUGGUCUUAAAGAUGGUUUUAUGUAGCUCACGUAUAUUAAUCUAAAUGUAAAUCUAUGGGAAAAAUUAAUGGGGAUUUUACUAGCUGAACAUGAGAGCUAGGCGGGGCUGUAGAGAUCUGUUGGGGCUCUGUAAUGUGAAGCUGAAAAUGGAAAUCUUUUCAGCCCAAGUAGAGACAAAAAUAUAUAUACACUUUAUUAGUUGUAUACUAUCUAAGGACCAUUGUUGUACACUUGACAUUCAAUACCUCCAUUAUAAAAAAGGCUUGUUGAGUUAACCCAGACAAAGCAGGAUUUAAGUAACUUUGCAUAGGCCAAUGACAAGUCUAGUCCAGGUAAAAGUUGACAUGAGAACUUAAAAGAAACAAAAGCUAUGCAAAGCAACAUGCCCAUACACCAGUUUCAUUGAAUUCUGAUUAAAUUUAAUGCAUUGUUAAGCAGUAUUUUAGAAAAUAAAUCCUAAAAUAAUUCAUAGCUAAAGUUUGGUUCUGUGCAGAAUUGACUAUCAGUGAAUUGACCAUUCAUUGAUUAGUUUAAUUUCACAUUGUAUUUUUAAUACAAUCUAAUAGCUUUUAAAUCUUUAACUAAAGAACUUGUCUGGCUCUUAGAUAAUGUAUACAACAUCUAAGGAAACUGCUCCACUGGUUUAUAUCAAGUCAUUUUCCAUUCAAAAAAAAUAAAUUAUUCAAAAAUAUUUGUUUUAUUUUUAAUUUACAGUGAUAAGCCAGUACCAUUACAAUCUACUUUAAAAAAAUGACAAAUUCAGUUUCACAAUACAAGACACCCAAAGUGCCAUAAACCAUUAGUUUUGACAUGUAUUGUGUAUAGUAUAGUAAAAAAAAAAUAUAUAUAUAUUCAUUUUGCAUGGACUCCCAAACAAGAAAGUUUUAUAUGCUCGGCCAUUUAAAUUUUUCAUAAAGUCACUGAAAAUAUUUUAAACGAGAUGUGUACAAAUAAGUAGCACUGAAUGUAUUUCUAUAUGUUCUCUACCUAUAUGUACCAUAAACCAUUCAUUGUAUUGGUUUAUUGAUUAGUAGUAUUUUUGUGUUUUGUAUCAAAAACACAGCCAAUUCAAAGGUUUAUUAUGAUAUACGGUAAAAAGAAACUAAUUCAUUUUCUGAUUAUACAGAACUUGCUUCAUACUGACCAUUUUUAAGUACCACUAUUUUAAGAGUUUAGUUUUAUAUUUUGUUUCUUUCAAAACUUACAUUGACCAAUAUGCUGCUCUACUGUAUUGCAUUCCUUGUGAGUUCUCUUCAAUUUCUGUGGUUCAACUUUGAAAUGUGGCCUUAACUAUUCCAUAUUCACAUUACAGUCUAAAGAUAGUUCAUUUAAAAUUUUGAUUAUUCAAAUUUUGUUUAUUUUAAAUGUAAAUGUGUAUAUUCUAUAGAAAAUAAUUUAUAAGUUCCUCAGUUGUAGAGAAAAUGAUUGUAGUCAAAGCUUUGGCCUAAAUUGUUUUAAAAGGGAUUUGUUAUUGUUGAUUGAAUAAUAUGCAACCAGUCAAACCAUCACUGAUGUCAGUUAUCAAAUUGUUAAAAAUGGUAAAAAUGGGAUACUUCUUUACCACUUGCUCAGGUUUUUAUUAUUUAGCUGUUGUGAGAAACUGUCAUUGUAUGUAUCGUUUAUCACAUCUGCAGUGUUGAAUGAUAAAACCAAAGUUCAUUUUAUGUUUAGGGGUUGCGUUCAUAUUUAGAAGUUUAAAAAUAUCAAAGCUAGGAUAGGGACCAAUAUAGCUUGAGUGGGACACAAUUUAGAAAAAAUAAAAAAAUAAAAAUUGAAAUUGGAUCCACAGAUUUGCUGUAUUAAUCUUGGGGUUUAAAGUUGUAUCUACUGAUUAAUGCCACAGCUGUGUGUUGAAAUAAUAUUACAUUUUGAGGUUUAUGUUACUUGGAAAUACAAAACUAAAGACACUGAACAUUGUGCCAGAUUAAUUUGUUUAUGCAUAGGCUCAGGAAUUAUAUUGUUCAAAUAUCUGAAUAAUUGACAAUGAAAGACGGUAAAUUCUACAAGUUCUUGCGUGCCCUCCAUCUCCAUGUUAAACUAGGGGCUUAAGUCCUAAUAGAAUGUUGUUUCAGAUAACAUUACAUCAUUCUGUAAAUGAGACAGAGGCAAGUAGGAUUAUUGUUAAUAAGCAAGUACUGGUUACAAGUUAAUAGGCGGUGUUCAGUGCUGAUAGAUUUUCCUAGAUAUUUUUUCUUAAAAGUACCAUGUGUUUGAUCCACAAAGGUCUCAUGCCCUCCAUCUGUUCACGUUGCAUUUUAGAAAAUCCAGUUGUACAUCAUCACAUGAACGCAACCAAGGCUGUACUCAAAACUUUUUCAUGAUUGAUUCAUGAUUGUUUAGUCAAAAAUGCAACAAAACACCUGUGCCUUCUUUUUCAUUGACCAAAACAUGCAGUUAUAGCAUUGACUACAUUGCAGAAAUAAUAUAUCACAAUAGUUAAUAUGACUUGAAUUCAGAACAUUCUAUAAUCCUGAUUUGAGUAGUUUUGACUGGUUUAUGGUAUUUUGUGGUAUUUGUGAUUGAUGUUUUCCUCAGACUUUUGCUUUAACCUUGAAAAAAACUGCAGAAAUGAUCCAUCUAUGUAAAGCUAUUUAUUCAAAACUAUUCAAACCACGAUUCUGAUUUCCACAAAUGUUUUUCAGACUAUUUCUCAACUUUUGUUUGCCGUGUUUGUGUUUUACAAGAGUUAUUUUUUUUAUCAUUCACACCUGUUGAAAAACCUGUCACCUCAACUAUGCUUGUUACAGCUCUUCAGUAUUCUGCUGCUUGCCUUAAUUUCUCUGUAAAUAAAACAUAUCAAUAUUUUUUACUUCUAUACCAGCAAAAUCAUUGUUUUACACCUUUGUCACUUUUGUUAGAGUAUGUCCCAAUAUUAACCAAAAUAGUCUGUAAAUGUAUUUUUAAUUGAAUCAUACAAUAAUUGUUUCCUAUAUGCAUUUGCUUGUUGGUAUCCAGUAUCCAAAAUGUCCUUCAUGGUUGUUGUAUCUUUCAAUGUUUUCCAUUCUGAAGAAGAUAAAUGUAUAAAGUUAUUGCAAUUUUA